AUGAGCACGGCUAGCCUUACCCCUGUGGCUUUCGGUCGCUGCUUCGUCCUUCAGCUCUCCCUUGACGAUGUUUCAUGCUUUGCAUUUGUACGGCGUUCUAGCGACUCGGUUACAUACUACCUUGCUGCUUCUUCUUCACAAAAUAAGUCGCACACCGCAAAUCAAGGGGGCGGUACUGUGCGCUGGUCGAAUGGUUGCCUCCUACUAAUUAUUGGCUUGGCGUUCUCACCGAGGCUGGUCUGUCCAACUGGACUGAGACCUUGGCCGGUUCCUGUUUCGAAAGAAACAAGGAAGAUAGGUUGA